UAAAAUGAAUGGACAGAAAUACAGAUAAUCCACACCUGGUUUAGGCAGAGGUCGCUGUCAAGCAGCCUGCAUAGAAAUUCUCGGAGAAAAUUCAAGAUUAUUGUAUCCUGCAAUAAAACAAUUUUACCCUUAUUGAAAUUUCAGUCAAUUCGCCAUUAAUCAAAAUCUUACUAAGAAGCCAAAAAACCUUCCUUUCCAUUUUCUCCCUUUCUUCCUAUUUUCUCUGCACGCGGCUUCAGAAUCCACAGUUUUUCCCUUUCUUUCCUUUUUUUCCGUUUUAUACGAUUCUGAAAUUCAACGAUACAAUCACCAUAAGCAUAGCCCAGAAUUCAAUUUAUUGAAUUUCAUCCGUACAUUAAAAAAAAAAAAAAAAAACUGUUCUUGAUUUUAAAUUCAUGGCAUCCGCGGCGAUAUUCUCGUCGCUGAGGCGGCGGAGUUCACCGUCACUGGAGGCGUUCCUGGCACCGGUGGAUCUACCAAACGCCGCCGUCUUGGAGGCUCUGCGCGGCGUUUCGACGGAGCUGGCGUCGUCCUUUUCUGGUAAGAAUAAAAAGGCCCCCUUUUUUCAGGGCAAGAAUUCGAGAUCUUUAAUCCGGAAAAUCCACGUUAUCUCUGUGCUCGUCGACGCCCUGCGCGAUUUGGGGCUUGCUCCCACAGUGUUUCUGUGCUUGAAGGAGUUGUACCUCCUGCUUUACCGGUCAAAAAUCUUGAUCGAUUAUGUAACCGGGUCGAGCAAGCUGUGGCUGCUUCUGCAGAACCACUCGAUUUCCGGUCAUUUCCAUGACAUCAAUCAGGAAAUCUCGACCCUCUUCGAUGUCUUUCCUUUGUCUGAGAUUACUCUGUCCGAAGAUGUUAGAGAACAAAUCGAUUUGUUGAGGAAACAGUCGAGGAAAUCGAGAUUAUUAAUCGAUAAGCACGAUGAAUCCCUAAGAUUGAAGCUUUACCAUUUCUUGAAUGAAUUUGAGAAGGGUAGGAUCCCCGAAAUGAAUGAGCUCUACGUAUUCUUUGUGGAAAAGUUAGGGAUUUGCAAUGUCAAGAGCUGUAGAAGUGAGAUUGAGUUCUUGGAGGAGCAGAUUGUGAAUCACGACGGCGAUCUCGAGCCCAGCGCCUCAGUUCUCAAUGGAUUCGUGGCUUUGAUGCGUUACGUCAGAUUCUUGCUGUUUCGAUUUGAGGAUGGGGAUGCUGAUUUAGGCAAGUGGAAACGCAGGCCCAAAACCAAAGGGUUGAUCUCUCGAGAGAUUGCAGACACAUUUCUCACAACCCCUAAGGAUUUCUGUUGCCCUAUUUCAUUGGAGUUGAUGCAUAAUCCGGUCAUCGUCUCCACCGGGCAGACGUAUGAUCGUGCCUCGAUUGCGAGAUGGUUGGAGGAAGGCCACAGCACUUGCCCGAAGACGGGGCAGAUGCUUCUUCAUACCAAAUUGGUGCCAAAUCGAGCUCUCAGAAACUUGAUCAUGCAGUGGUGUAUGGCCAAUCAGAUUCCUUAUGAUCCGCCGGAGAAUAAUGCAGACUGCGCUGCUCCGACUGCAGCCUCUGCUCCCCCGAGCAAGGCUGCAGUCGAGGCGACUAAAGCCGCUGCAGCUGUGCUGGUGGAGGAGCUGGCAAACGGGACGCCACGAGCCAAGACUCUGGCUGCUUGGGAGAUUAGGUUGUUAGCCAAGACGGGAAGGGAGAAUCGGGCUUAUAUCGCCGAGGCCGGAGCCAUCCCCCUUCUCAAGCGGCUGCUCCCGUCCGCGGACGCCUUUGCGCAGGAGAAUUCCGUCACUGCAUUGUUGAAUUUGUCGAUUUAUGAUCGGAACAAGAGCAGGAUCAUGGAUGUGGAAGGGUGUUUAGGCGCCAUUGUCGGAGUUUUGCGAUACGGGCACACCACCGAGGCGAGGGAGAACUCGGCGGCGACGCUGUUCAGCCUCUCCGCCGUUCACGACUACAAGAAGGAGAUCGCGGAGGAGGACGGCGCCGUGGAGGCUCUGGCCGGAAUGCUGGCCGACGGAACCGCCAGGGGGAAGAAAGACGCCGUCACGGCUCUAUUCAACCUCUCCACGCACCCGGAGAACUGCGAGCGGAUGAUCGAGUCGGGCGCCGUGAGGGCGCUGGUCGGGGCGCUCGAGUGCGAGGUCAUCGCCGAGGAGGCCGCGGGCGCGUUGGCGCUCGUCGUGCGGCAGCCCGUCGGGGCCGAGGCGGUCGGGAAGGAGGAGAGCGCGGUGCUGGGGCUGACCGGGAUGAUGCGGUGCGGAACUCCGAGGGGCAAAGAGAACGCCGUGGCGGCGCUGCUCGAGCUGUGCAAGAGCGGCGGCGCGGCCGCCACGGAGAGGGUGGUCAAGGCCCCCGCGAUGGCGAGCUUGCUGCAGAGCCUGCUAUUUACGGGGACGAAACGGGCGAGGCGGAAGGCGGCGUCGCUGGCGAGGGUGUUCCAGAGAAGCGAGAGCAGCUCGUUGCAUUUUGGGGGAUUAGGCGUCGGGUAUGCAUUUGCGAGAGGAAACGCGGUUGUUGCCGAUGUUUCGAUGCCGGUCUCCAUUUCAGUGCCUGUGUUGUAGCACAUUUCUUUACCCCCAUUCUUUAAUCUCCCAUUUUAUUUUAUUUUUCUAAAUCUGUAAUACUUACAAAAAAAUUCAUUCAAAUAUUUAUAUAUGGAGAAGGGGCUUAUACACACAA